UUAACCAAAAUUCGAUGACAAAAUUAAAUAUGUUUUUUAAAUAGGAAGAAAUUUAAAUAUAAGCAAUAGAAGAUUAUAUAAAGAUAGAUAAAUCUUCGUAGAUUAUAAAUAAAUUUUUCAAAAAAUUUAAACUUGAUAAAAUAUUAAUGAAAAAUUAAUUUAAAUAAUGAACCUCAUGUUGGAGACACGUGAAGUGGUCCCUUUCAGGAGAAUCACCCAUAUACAUUUUCUUACAAAAGCACAAUGGAAUCGAAACUUUUAGAAAUUAUAGACGAAAGAAAAAAAGCGGAAAGAUUUGCUCGAGCAAAAAAUCCUCUAGUAGAAGCACUACUGUAUGGUUCCAUCGUAGAAAUUCAAGAUAUUCUCCGUGAAAAAUAUGAAGCAACAUUAUCACCAGAAAAUGAUUGGGCGAAAAAAUGUAGACAAAUUAUAAAUAUUUGUCUGGAGAAAAAACUUAACGUUAGCGUGAAAAUAACAAAUUAUUGUGCUUUAUUACAUUUUGUGAUAAAACAUUUCGACGAAGAUUUUGAAUUAGUUUUCAAAAAAUGCGAAAAAUUUGAUAUUAAUGCAUAUAAUGAUCCAUAUUAUAUGCACGAUACGAAGUCUUUACUGCAUUUUGCGAUAAAAUUAAGAAAACUGAAUGUAGUGAAAAUUUUAAUAGAAGUUGGUGCAAAUGUUGAUGUAAAAGACGGCCGUGAACAAACACCUUUAUUUUACGCCGUUGAAAGUAAACAAAUAGAAAUAGCAGAAAUGCUUUUGAAAGCGAAAGCGAAUGUUAAUGCGAAAGAUUGUAAAAAUAUGAUGCCAAUUAAUUUUGCUUUUGGCGAAAGAGACGAAACUAGUGGCAAUGAAAAAUACAAACCCUCGAAAAUGGUAAAGCUCUUGUGUUCGUAUGGAGCUGAGUUAGAUUUCAAAAAUCAAAGUGGUACAAGAACAUUGAUUAUGGCUUGCGGAAUUGGCAAUUUAAAAGAAAUAGAAUUUUUGAUUGAACAUGGAGCUGAUUUAUUGUCGAGUGAUGAUGACGGCAAAACGGCAUUACUUUGUGCAGCCGUAAAAUAUAAUUACAAUCUUGUCGAUUUUCUAUUACGUCGCGGUGUUGAUAUUAAUGUUGUUGAUGAUCAAUGCAUAAGUGCUAUUCACGAACUGUCAUAUAUUAUAGAAAACAUUGAGGUCACGAUUGCAAAUGAUGGAUACAAUACUUAUGAAGCUAUUAGCGACGAUUGGUAUUUUGAUUUUAUAGGCGAUGAACUGAAGAAAUCUGCUGAGAUGAUAGAAUUUUUAGCUGAUAAUGGCGCAGAUAUAAAUACUUUCAACUAUGAACAAAUUACUCCUUUGAUGACAAGCGUUACAGCUGAUGCUCUUGAAAUUACUGAAUGCCUUUUGGAGUUAAAUGCCACAAUUUACGAGCACGAAGCAUUUUUUAUGAGAGGUCGAAUGUUUCCUCAUGUUCCUGAAACGACCGAUUUUUCUCCUAAUGGAAUUAAUACGUGGGCAGUAUUAACAGCAUAUUCAGCACUUAAAAACAUUUCUGUUUAUGAAAAGUUUCAAUCUGAACAUUUUAAAUGGAUCCAUAGCUUAUUUGAAGAGUGCAAAGAAGAAGUUAUAAAAAUGCAAGAAAAUAAAAUAUGGGCUGAUCGAGAAGUUUCAUUUUUUGAUUUUCUAAAUGAAGAUUUGUUGAAGGUGACAAAAUAUUUCAGAAAUGAUGAUGUUUUGGAAUCUGUUUUGGAAUCUGAAAAAUAUGACGAAUUUCCACGUUACACAUAUUUGUUUGAAAAGCGUAUAGAGAGAGUGCAGAAAAUGAAAAAUUGUCUGACUGUUUUUAUUCGUUUUUUGAAAGAGUUUUUUAAGAGAAAUUUACCAAGUGUAGUAAUUUAUCAGAUAAUUAAUAACUUGACAGCUGGAGAUCUUCGCAAUUUUGGAAGAGCGCUCUGCAUAACGGAAAAAACACCCAAUGGAAAAAAUAAAAUCAUAAUGGAGUUGGAAUUUUUAAAAAUUAUGGACGAAAGAAAAAAUGCGGGACUUUUUUCUCGAAGAAAAAAUCCUCUAGAGCAAGCACUACAGUUUGGUUCGAUUGUCGAAAUUGAAGACAUACUUUGUGAAAAAUAUCAAGUAACAUUAUCGCCAGAAAAUGAUUGGGCGAAAAGGUGUCGACAAAUUAUAAAUAUUUGUCUGGACAAAAAACUUGACGUUAACAUUGAAGACACAAAUUAUUGUGCUUUAUUAUAUUUUGUGAUGAAACAUCUCGACGAAGAUUUUGAAUCAGUUAUCAACAAAUGCGAAAAAUUUAAUAUUAAUUCAUUGAAUGAUGUUGAUAUGCCGGAAGUAAAAAAGUCUUUACUUCAUUUAGCGAUUAAUGAAAGAAAACAGAAUGUAGUGAAAAUUCUAAUAGAAUUUGGUGCAAAUGUUGAUGUAAAAGACGGCUGUCAACAAACACCUUUAUUUGACGCUGUUGGAACUAAACAAAUAGAAGUGUCAGAAAUGCUUUUAAAAGCAGGUGCGGAUAUUAGUGCGAAGGAUUCUGGAAAUAUGAUGCCAAUAAAUUAUGCUUUUGGCGAAAGAGAAGAUACUAGUGGCAAUGAAAAAUACAAACCCUCGAAUUUGGUAAAGCUGUUGUGUUCGUAUGGAGCUGAGUUAGAUUUCAAAAAUGAAAGUGGCAAUAGGACAUUGUUUUUGGUUUGCUAUAAUGGUAAUUUAAAAGAAAUUGAAUUUUUAAUUGCACAUGGAGCUGAUUUAUUCUUUAGUGAUAAAGACGGUGCUACGGCACUAAAUUCCGCAGUUCUGGGAUACAAUUACAAGGUUGUUGAUUAUCUACUAAGUCGCGGUUUUGACAUUAAUGCUAAAGAUUCAUAUAAUGAUAGUCUUAUUCACGAUCUGGCAUAUUCUUUGUACGAUAUUUAUAAUGUACUUAAAUAUUUCGGAGACAAUACGUAUCACGCUAUCAGUAACUUAUGGAAUUUUGAUUAUUUAGGUGAUGAAGCGAGAAAAGCGUCAGAAAUGAUAGAAUUUUUAGUGGAUAAUGGCACAAUUGAUAUAAAUGCUCCCAAUAAGGAAAACAUUACUCCUUUAAUGAUAGGCGUUCAUUAUAAUGCUCUUGCAAUUACCGAUUCCCUUUUGGAGUUAAACGUGGAAAUUACGGAUAAUAGAAAUUUUCCAUAUUAUGACCGGAGAUAUCCCAAUCUUCACGUCAAUCCAAAGUUUUAUUGUAAUAAAAUUACAACGUGGGUAUUGUUAACCGCUUUUUUAGCACUUAAAAAUAUCGAUAUUAAAGACUAUACUUUUUCAACACAUGAUAAUUUUGAGUGGGCCUAUUCUUUUUACGAAGAGUGCAAACUGGAUGUAAUCAAAAUGAAAGAGAGAAGAAUAUGUGUUCAUCGAGAAUUUUCAUUUUUUGAUUUUCUAACUGAUGAUUUGAUGAAUGUGACAAAAUUUUGUAGGAACUAUGAUUUAACGUAUGUUUUGGAAUUUCAAAUAUAUAAUGAAUUUCCAUGUUAUAAAUAUUUGUUUGAAAAGCGUGUAGAGAGAGUGGAGAGAAUUAAAAAUUGUCAGAAUGAUUUAAAUCGUUGUUUCAAAGAAUUCUUUAAGGGAAGUAUGCCAAGUUUAGUAAUUUAUCAAAUUAUUGAUUACUUGACAGCUGCGGAUCUUCGCAAUUUUGGAAGAGCAUUUUCUGUAACUGAAUAAGCAAUCAAUGGAAAAUAUUUUAUUUAAAUAUUUUAUUGUUUAACAAAAAUAAAAAAAUGUACGCUUAUAAUCACGAUAUAAGAAAAAGUGUUGUUGACAAUAUUUUUCUAAUUAUGUGAUAAUUAUGUAGUAUUUCAAAUUUUGUGCUAUUUUCGUAAUAAAAUUUGAAUUAAAAUU